CAACACUUUAAUUCCUUCUCAGCUGGGAAAUCUUAAAGCCAGAGGAGGGAGACCAGUGCGAAAAUAUAUCUCCAAUUGAGAAUACCAGUAUAAUGGCUUCGUCACCGAAAUAUUUGACAGGCGACAAGGCCGCAAUCAAUGAAUUCCUUGACAAGUUCGAUGUCUUUCUAUUCGAUUGCGAUGGCGUAUUAUGGUCAGGCGAUCAUCUCUUCGAGGGGACCGUUGAAACACUAGAGUUGCUACGAUCUCGAGGAAAGCAAGUCGUUUUCGUGACAAACAACAGCACAAAAUCCCGCGCAGACUACAAGAAGAAACUGGAGUCAAUGGGAAUUCCAGCGACUGUCGACGAAGUCUUUGGCUCUUCCUACUCUGCAGCUAUUUAUAUUUCGCGAAUCAUCAAGCCGCAGCCGCCGCGUAACAAAGUCUUUGUACUAGGCGAAGCCGGUGUCGAAGCCGAGCUCGAAUCCGAAAACAUUUCUUAUAUUGGCGGAACCGACCCGUCGCUGCGCAGGGACAUUACACCCGAGGACUUCAAGGCUAUUGCCUCGGGCGAGGCGCUUGACCCUGCAGUCGGCUACGUGCUCGCCGGACUCGACUUCCACGUGAACUACCUGAAGCUUUCGAUAGCAUUCCAGUAUCUUCGACGAGGCGCUAAAUUCCUGGCAACGAACGUGGACAGUACCCUCCCGAACGCAGGAUCACUCUUCAUUGGCGCAGGUGGCAUCAGCGCGCCCCUGAUUCGUGCCAUGGGUGGCGAGGAACCUAUUGCGUUUGGCAAGCCCAACCAGAGCAUGAUGGACGCGAUUGAGGGCAAGUUCCGCUUUGAUCGAUCUCGCGCUUGCAUGGUCGGCGAUAGACUCGACACCGACAUCAAGUUUGGCAUCGAGGGUCGUCUGGGAGGCACGCUCUGUGUCUUGACAGGUGUGAGCAAGCGCGAGGACUGGGAAGCCGAAAACCCUGCUGCUGUGCCGGCCGCGUAUGUGGAUACGCUGGGCGAUCUGCGAGUGGCCGCAUAAAUGGUACGGAGACGGUCGACCUCCAUGAUUGUUAAUAUGGUUCCGGGUCAAGCAACACAGACGCAAGCAUAAUCACUUGUACAUAGACUCGUUUAUAUACUCUGAUGAAAUUAGAAAUAGAAUUCAAAGUAUCCCCAAAAGACU